AUGUUUCCGACGCCUAGUUUACUUCACUUUACACGAGAUGAUUAUAGCCGAAUCUAUGAACCUGAUGCCGAUUCGUUUCUCCUUCUUGACGCACUGGAAUCGAAGUUCAAGAAGAUUCAGGAACGGAACCCGUUCAUUAUCUUAGAAUUUGGCUCCGGCUCGGGAAUCGCGACAACUUUUGUGGCUAAACAUUUUUGUCAAUCGCCAUCUUUGUUUUUCGCUAUUGAUAUGAAUCCACAUGCGUGUUAUUCAACGAAACGAACAUUUCAGCAUAAUCAUGUCGAUGACAAGCAGUGUUUAAACCUCGUACAAUGUAAUUUAGCUGAUCCAUUAAUUGACCGUUUGACCGCGAAGGUUGAUCUGUUACUUUUUAACCCACCUUACGUUCCAACUGAGACAGCAAAUGUGGAAGAAAUGAUCGAUCGAACGUUUGCAGGCGGAGAGCAAGGUACCGAAGUAAUUCAAAGAUCAAUCGAACAAGCAAGUCGAUUACUAUCACCGAAAGGCUUAUUCUAUAUGGUAGCGUUGGAAGAAAAUGAUUUUGAUAUGUUGAGUGAGUUAAGUGAUCAGUAUGGAUUGAAUGCGGAGAUUGUUCUUAAACGACGAACGUUAAUUGAACGAUUGCUGAUUGACAUUUAUUGUACAGAACAGACAAUGCCGAAAUCGAAGGAACGCCUGGAAGAUUCCGAUUCUGAAGAAUCAAAAAGUUCGAAUAACGACAACAAGUCAACUAGUGACGAAGAGCCAUCGAAAAAGUCUAAGGGAAAGAAGUCCAAUGGCGAAAAUGAACCCCCAGCAAAACGAGCCAAACCAAAUGAGGAGGAUACAACAGUGCCUUCAACGACUGGUCCCAAUGGUGAACGACUUUAUGAAAUUGGCAAAUUACGUUUUGUGUCGGUCAGUCAAUUUCGAGGUAAACCCUAUGUUAACAUUCGUGAAUAUUAUGAUGAUAACGGUAUACGAAAACCUGGCAGAAAAGUUUGGCUGAUGAAAGAAUUUAUUUGUUCAACUAUUGAACGAGGUGUGAUACUGAAAUGUAUUCGAGAUCGAAAACGUUUGGAUUGUCGGACGAUUGAUGAAACUCGGUCAGUUAAUAUUGACUUUCGUUCGCAUCCUGGCUAUGUUUCGGUCACUCUCGGUCAAACGCAUGUGAUUGCUCAAGCAUCGUGUCGAAUCACUAAACCGAAAGAAUCGCGAGCGUCGGAAGGAAACAUUCGCAUUCAUCUUGAUAUGUCGAAAAUUCCAUUGAUUAAUCUCGAAAAUUGGAAACAUCAGGAAUUUGUACAAGAACUAAAUGGCAUUCUCGAACAAAAUAUUCGCCAGUCAAAUUGUGUCGAUUUAGAGUCUUUGUGUAUUAAUGCUGGAGAACUAGUUUGGUCAAUCAAAAUCGAUCUUACUGUACUAAACAACUGUGGAAAUAUUCUUGACUGUGCUAAUAUAGCAACACUUUGUUCGUUGUAUCAUUAUCGUUUACCCGAAGUGUCUGUACAUGGUUCGGACAUCCGUGUGUAUUCAUCCGUCGAACGUCGACCACGUCCACUACGUAUUCUUCACUUUCCCAUAAAUGUUCUGUUUGCGUUCUUUAUCGACGGACGGUUCACUCUGAUUGAUCCGCAUUGCGACGAAGAACGUUUCAUGGACGGAUUUGUUUCGAUCUCAAUGAAUCAACAUAAGGAAAUAUGCGGCAUUCAUAUGGGAGGAAAGUUGGGUUUGAAAAGAGAGCAAGUCGAACAUUGCAAGAAAUUGGCAUUUCAUAAAGUCUUGGAGCUUACUGACCGAAUUCGACAAGUUGUUUUGGAUUACUACAAGAAAAUCGAGCCGAUAACACAUUCUCAGCCUUCGAUCGUUCGUAUUGACACUGAAGAAGAUGAGGAAGACGAUGACAGUCAUACGAGUGAUAAUGAAGAUGUUGUUUUGAUCAAAUCUGAUAUACCACCAUCGCCUAUCGAGAGCAAUAUUUCAUUGUUACAAAUGCCGGAAAUCAAUCGUCUAUCUAUUACCGAAGAUGAUUCAACUGGUGCACUGAUAAAUAACGAUAAUUCCACGAGUGAUAAUGAGAAUGAAGACGAACAAGACAAUCAAUAG